AUGUUAAAUUCAAGAACGACGCCUCCUGUUCGAAUUUUACCAAAUAAUAAAGUUUAUAGACAAUUAUUUGAUGCACAAGUCCAAUUAAGUGAUGCUUAUAAUCGAGUACGAAAUAAUCAAUUAUCAAGAUCUAUUAAUAUUACUUCACAACCAGAAUCUAUACCACUUGUACGAAAUAUCAGACCACAUGCGGCACAAAAACAAAAAUGGUUGACGAGUAUGUCAUAUAGUAAUGAUACUAGUAUCAAUCCAAUAACAAUAGCAUUUCAUGACGAGCGAAGGCGACGUCAAAAUGAACAACAACAAGAAUUAGAUGAAUUAAAACGUGAAGUUUUUAAUUUACCUGAUGAUAUUGAAUAUAUUGAGAGUGAAAAAAACGAAGAAUCUGCUGAUGCUACUAAGAAAGGUAGCAUAACAGAGCGAUUAGCAGUGAGUCGACAAGUUAAAUAUGAUCAAUUAUGGGCAGAACUUUUAAAUAAAAUAUCUGAAACCAAUCAAACUUUGCUAGUUGAACUUGAAAAAAUUACUCGACAAUGUAAUAAAUAUUAUGAACAAGGUGAUAAAGAAAUUGAUGAGUUUUUAAAAGAUAUAGUUUAUCGAAAAAAUAUAGCAACGCUUACAUUACAAUCAUUUGAAAACGCAUUUAAUCAACUGGAUCAGUGCCUUACACCACGUCUGUCACAAAUUCAAGAAUAUUGUCAAUCUAUUGAAGAACUCGAAUUAGAACGAAUUCAAAAAAUUCGUGAUUUGUUUCAAUAUUAUUCUGAACAUUUAUAUCGAACACAUCAUUUAUCGGAGAAUGAUACCGCCAGUGCAUUAGAAAAACAAGUGAUCGAAUUAAAUUCGCAAAUAUUUGAUAAUCGUCGAACAUAUGCUGAACUAGAAGCUAAAUUAUUAACCGGUGAAACUAUUCGUAUUCAUCGAUUUCAAAAUGAACUUGCCGCAUAUCAAACUAAAUGGAAAGAUGCAGUAUGGAUUAUAGAAAAACAAAGUUGGAUUUCAAAAUUGUCUCAAUGCAAAGCUGAGUUAGAUUCUACAAUUUCAUCAAAAUGUAAACCAAUUGGCUUGGAUAUGGCUGCACUAACGAAAUUGCUUGUAGAACAUAUGAAUAAAUUAAAAUCAUUUGUUCCACCUACGUCAACACGUGAAAAUAUACAAAUAUGGCAUAAACAAGGCUAUGUUAUAGUCAACAAAAUAGUUAUGAAGCGACAAGAACUUAUAGAGCAAAUAAAUGAAAUUACUAGUGAUGAAAUAAAGACAUUAAAACAAGAAUCCCAAUUAAUUCGAGAAAAAGUGUUGAACAAUAAAGUUUUUAAUGAAGAACAAUUACAAGCUAUAUUUGUUCUUGAUAUUGAACCAUUGUUGGAAGAGCGAAAACAAUUUUUACAACAAUCAGUUAUCGAACGAUUUCAAGCUGUCUAUGAACAACUAACUAAUGGAAUGUAUGAAAUUCUUGAUCGGCUCUUAGCUUUCGUAAAACCUGCAGCUGAACAAUGGGAUGAUCAUCAAGAUCGUCUUGAACACGUUACUGCACAACUAACCACCAUGAUGCAAGAAUGUCGACGACCACAUGAUCUUCAAAAUGAAAAAAAAUUAACAAGACUUGAUGCAACGCUAGAUGAAAUGAGAUGUGCAUCGAAUGAAACAGCAUUAUCACGUCUUUUAACUUCUUCUUACGACCAAUUAGAUAACAUUAAAGCAACUUUUGCACAAUUUUAUGAAACAGAACAUAAUAUUGUAAAUAAAUAUUCUGAUAUGAUUGCUGAUGAAGUUAAUCGAUAUAAAAAUGAAAUGUUGAAUUAUUUUCAUGCUCGACAAAUCGAUGAAAAUAAAUCUAAUGGUCAAUUUUCAUCAUCAACACGUAAAUACCAUACAACAUCAUUGACAGGAGCAGUUUAUGAACUUCAAGGUUAUUUUAAUGAUGAAUCAGAUAUUACACUGAAAUUUAGUUCGACUAGUGAUGACGAACAGUUAGGAAAAUCACCUUUUAGAGAAAGAAAUUCAAAUACGUCUAAAAAUUUAAACAAUGGAUCAAGUCAACUCGAUCAACUUCAAACACAAACAUUUCUAACUGAAACGGUGAACUUAGAUACAGAAACAUCAACGAAUAAAACAUCGUCUAUACCAUUUUAUGAUUCACUGCAAAUACCGUCGAAUCUCGUCGAUGCUCUUACACUUAAACUAUGCCGUGCUUUUCUGGAUUAUUAUGAUCAAUGGAAAGAAGAAACACUAAAAAGAGCUGAUGGAAUUAUGUAUUCAAAACAUGAUGAAUUAGAGAGAGAAAUGGAUUUUCAAAUGCAUUUACAUGAACCAAGACGUGUCAGAAUUGAAACCGAUAUACAUAAUGUUAGAGCAGCCGAAAUUGUUAUGCAUGACGAACGAGUUGAACGCCAUCUACGUGGUGUGCAGGAAACUUUAGAACAAAUUGAUGCUGAUUAUAUUCGAAUGUUGAAAACAUUUAGUAAAUCAUUGACAAGUUAUAAAGAUGAUGUAUUCAAUCUCGAAGAAGUAUUUGUCAAUGCAACAACAAGCAAUCGUCUGUUAGCAUUGAAAGAUCGUCUAGAUAAACAACGUACUAUAUUAAUGGAUGAUAUUCGAACAUCACUAAGAGGUUUUCGUCAACGCUUUGAUGAUUCUAUGCAAUAUUUACGACAAGCAAAUGUUAAAUUUCGAAAAUCUUUCAAAACAUUUUCUGAAGGUGGCAAUUUCAGUCGUGAAGAAAUUGAAAUCUAUCGAAAAAAACUUGAGAAAACUAUGCUUCAAAUAGAUAAAGCUGAAACGACAAUAUUGCAUGAAUUGGAAAAAGUUGGAAAAAAGCAAUUAGAAGAAGCAACUAAAAUUAUGAAUCAAUUUCAAGAACGUUUUAAGAACCAUUUGACUGAUUUAAAAUUUAUUGAAUUAGCAAAUCGAUGGAUAAGUGAAACACAAGUUAAAAUAAAAGGCGAAGUUGCGAUUAAUAAUCAAAAUGCACAAAUACUUAAAACACUUAUUGGAGCAUAUCAAGUUAAAAUGGAUUCAAUUCUCAAUCCAAAUUUAGAUAAACCAUUGGCAACAGCCAAUGAAAUUCGAGAACUUUUUCAUGAAAUCGUUUUAAAGACAUAUGAAAGAGCAUUAUAUUUAAAAUGUCUUAAUAAUGAAUUGGCUAUACCAGCUUCAAUUAUUAAUAAUCUUAAAGAUAAAGGAUUAAUUGCUGAAAAAGAAUUAGUUAAUGAUCUUCUUCAUGUUAGUGGAACAGAAGAUGGAACUUCAUCACGACGCCCAUCAAGACUAAGUGUUGGUGCUACUAGUAAUAAUGAUGAAACAAAAUCGGUUAAAUUUGCAUCAUCAUCAUCAGUAACAACAGCGUCUUCUCGAAAUAAAACCGACUCAACUACAUUGAUUAAUCUUACUGGCGGACAUCCAGAAGAUUUAGAUACAAUAUCAACAAUACGAUGUAUUCUACACCAAACUGAAACAUUAGAAUCGGAUGAAAUCGUUGAACCUGGUAUACCUGCUGCUUUAGAAAUUCAAACACGAACAGUUGCUGCCGAUUCAUCAGCAAGACGAUCUCUUGACAAAAAAACAAAAGAAAAUGAUAAAAAUCAUAGACUAUCAAUUAUAGAAUCAUCCAUUGAAGAAGGAACAGCAACAACCAGUCGACAUGAUCGCCCAAGUCGUGCUCGAACACGCGAUGAAAUCUAUAAAAUUUAUUGUGUAUUUGGUGAAAAGAAACAUCCUGAUAAAGAUUUUUUAUCUAACAUAUUGAAUAUUCUACGAGAAUCAACAGAAGGUUUACUGACACAUUCUGAAAUAUUUUAUCGAGACAAAGGCAAUCGUCCUGUGACACGUCCUCAGGUAUUACGUGAGAAAUUCGAUGAAUUUGCUUAUUCGAUGAUAGAAAAAUUAAAAAAUUAUGAACAACAAUGUCGUACUUAUCAUGAAAAUUCUAUCAAUGAAUUUCAUUUUAUGCUCGAACUAUUCGAACGUACAUCAUCGUUAAUGCCAAAAAUUGAAUUUAAUGAACAAAUAUUUCAAUCAGAAAAAGUUCUUAUUGAAUUUAAACAACAAUUUGAUAUGAUAAUUGAUAAAGAACUAAAUCAAUCGAAUUGUGAAAAACAAACUAAUCUACAACAACUCCGUCCAACAUACGGUGCUCCGGCAAAGAAAAGCUAUUUACAAGCGAUUGACAAUCAAGAAAAAUUACGUCAAGAAAAUAUACAAAAACUAAUUAGUCAACUUCGAUCAACUACAAUUCAAAAUAUUCAAGCAAACGCACAAGAAAUAGUUCAGUUAUUAGCAACAAAUGCUGAACGUUUAUUAAUUCUUUUCGAUGAAAUAUUGACAGCUGAUGAAAUAACACGAACAAAAUUACCAUUAGUCAAGCAAUCGCUAUCGGAAUUGAUAAAACGUCAACAAGCAGGAAAAUCUCUCGAAGAUUCUGAGCCAACUCCAUUGAUUGAACGUAAACAAGGUCAUUGGCCAGGUUUAACAUUAAUUGAUAAUCAAUUAAAUCGACGACGUGAAUCAAUAAAAUCCAAAAAACGUUUAUCCGUAGCAAGUCUACGAGAAGCAUCAGCUUCGAUUGUUACACAAAAAACGACAUUACCACAAAUUGAAACAAUAGUACAUAGAGAUCAAGCUUACCAAUCAUACAAAGAUGUAUUAAUUCAAUUAUUAGCUUACGUUGAAGGAAAAUGUUCAACAGCAAUAGUCGAGCUUGAACGAGAUCGAUCAUAUUGGAAUUCAUCAAUUGAAAAAUUACAACAAUUAAGAAUAACUUGA